AAGGAAUCGCUUCAUUGUUGCUGCCUGGAUAUCGUCAUUGCCACAGCUGCAGCUGUAGAUUUAUAUGUCCAAUAACUUUAACCAGUUGAUUCCUAAUUUUGAUCAUGAACACUAACGGCUUUUAGCUAAUCUUAAAAUGUUAGAACUCCUGUGCUCUAGAAGUCGCAUAAGCCUGGACCAAGACAAUAAAGGGUUUUCGUUUAUUCAUUUGCUUUGCAAGCAAGGAAAUGUGAAGGCUUUGACUCUUAUCCUCGAAGCCACUUGCAAUUUGCAAUACUAUGUGCCAUGUGGCUCAUGUUGGUCCAUACGUGUAACCUCCUACAAUCUUCUCUCUCGUUACUUCCCUUUUGCUGAAUCUUCAUUUUUUUUUCUUUCUGCACGUCACCCAGAAAAUUCUGUCAAGUCAUGAUCAUAUAGGGAUUCCAUUACCAUUUUUGUAGCUUGAGGAUAUGGAGAUUUCUCAUUUUGAAGGAUACAAAGAGGAUGAAGCCUUUGUCGAGUCCAUGCAGACCCUUUCAAUCUCGCCUUCUCUUGAUUCCUGUCCCAGUUCCAGAAAGGAAAAGCCAAACCCAGAAGCCGAGCCAGGGCCACCCCACAAGGCUUUGUUUUUCGUCUUGGCUUGCCUUCCUGUAUUUGAGCUUCUUAACAUGAGUGAAGUUUGCUUGUCGUUUAGGGAUGCAGUGAACAAAGAUGUAUUGCCAUGGUUGGAUAUCAUGAUUGACAGGCCUUUGAGCACGCGGUUGUCUAAUGAGAUUCUGUGGGAAAUCACUUCAAAGGCGAAUUGUAGAUUGAGGACUUUGGUUCUCAGGAGCUGUCAAAAUAUAACUGAUGAUGGGCUUCAAAGGGUCGUAGAGAAAAAUCCUUUUAUAAGUAAGCUCCACCUACCAGCAUGCACUGGCUUAACCCCUGAGGGAAUCAUCGGAGCUGUGAAGACACUAUCCCAACAUCCAAAAAACUUAAAGAGCUUGCGGAUAAAUGGUAUCUACAACAUAAAGAAAGAACAUAUCGAAACACUUUCCUCCUAUCUUCAAAGGAAUCCACCACACCAAAAGCUACCACCUAUCCUAUAUCAUCACUAUAGAAGUUCUCCAUCAUCAAGUACCGAAAAUGGUCGGAUAAUUGACGUGGAUAUCUGUCCAAAGUGCAACGAAGUUAAAAUGGUUUUUGAUUGUCCAAGGGAAACUUGCAGGCAGAUGAGAGACAUGUUGUUUGAAGUUUGUAGGGGAUGCAACUUCUGCAUUCCAAGGUGUGAGGAGUGUGGAGGAUGUGUGGAUGCUGAAGAACUAGAGGACGCCGCUUGUGCAGACAUAUUGUGUUCAGAUUGUUGGCUUCAUCUUCCAAAAUGUAACUAUUGCAACAAGCCAUACUGCAAGCAACACACCGACCAGCAGUUCAGCUCUCCAGGUUGUACUGGGUUCAUUUGCGAAGCAUGUCAUGUGACAGCCAUCGCAAAUUCAAGUUGGAGCGAUGAUGCUGUUGAAUAAUGUAUCGCAUUCACAUGCUCUAGUGGUAGCAUAUCAUUUUCUUAUUGUUAUACGGUUAAACAGGGUUACUUCCUGUUUCGGAGGUUAUUGCACAGUAGUUCAAAACUUUCAAAUGAGAUUUACAUAAGAUCUACUUCGAACAGAUGUAAAAAAAUUCAUUAAGAAAGUGUUCAAGCAAAGAA